UCUUUCACACGGACGCCUUUCAAAAUUCCUCUUCUGCUCCCAUCCCAUUGGUAUUACUGGUUGCAUUCGUUCCUAAACAAUCACACACUGCACUUUCACUCAUUUGUUUCCCUCUCAUUCCAACCAAAUAAACCAAACCCAGAAUCAACAAAAACACAACCAUAAUCACAAUCACUGAAUUUCUUACACACAUACAUACAUAUAUUAAAACAACACUGUCAUAGUGUCACUUUCUCUGUUAAUGCAUCACCACCACAACCUCCAACUUCACAUCGGAGAAGAGGACUCUCACCUCUCUUCUGAGGAUGCCACUUCAAUCCCAAUUCACCAAAACCCGACCCGAAUCCGUUUCUCAAUUCAUCCACUGCCACCAAACUCACCAAACACUCCAUGUCACAAUGAACGCUUCUCCGACCACCCAUCUCAAGCCUCGCCCCGCAAGAGAAUACCCGUCAUCACCCUCCCCUGCCAUCACUUUCCGACACCCUUUGGCGCAAACAGCGCUGUUGAUUUCCCUCAAUCUGGGACUGUUGCUCUUCACUCGACUGUUCCCCGUCAAAUUAUCAUCAUCAUCAUCAUCAUCUUCUACUUCUUCCUCCUCCCCUUCUACUCACCCUGUGGUGUGGUCUAUUGGGUCCAAUCCUAAGCAAACGAAGAGCACGAGUUCGGGGUGUUGGGUGCAAGUUCACAGCAAUGGGGAUGUGUACGAGGGUGAAUUCCAGAAGGGGAAGUGUUGGGGGAGUGGGGUUUAUCACUAUCACAUGAGUGGGAGGUAUGAGGGGGAUUGGGUUGAUGGGAAGUAUGAUGGGUAUGGUGUUGAGACAUGGGCAAGGGGCAGCAGGUAUAGAGGGCAGUAUAAGAAGGGUUUGAGGCAUGGAAUGGGGAUCUACAGGUUCUACAAUGGUGAUGUGUAUGGUGGUGAGUGGUCUAAUGGGCAGUGUCAUGGGUUUGGAGACCACACUUGCUAUGAUGGGAGCCGCUAUGUUGGGGAGUUCAAAUGGGGUGUCAAACAUGGACACGGACAGUACCAUUUCAGAAAUGGGGACAUAUACGCUGGGGAAUAUUUUGCAGACAAGAUGCAUGGUUUUGGAGUGUAUCAAUUUCAGAAUGGUCAUCAGUAUGAGGGGGCAUGGCAUGAAGGAAGAAGACAAGGACUUGGAAUGUACACUUUUAGAAAUGGGGAAACACAAUGUGGUCAUUGGCACAAUGGAAUUCUUGAUGAUCCUAAAAGACAUAACAGUCCUAAUGGGUCUCCGUGUGAUGUGGACCAUGCCAAGGUUUCCAAUGCAGUACAGGAUGCACAUUCUGCUGCUGAGAAAACUUACAACAUGUCAAAGGUGGAUGAAGGAAUGAAUAAAGUAGUGGCAGCAGCUAAUAAAUCAGCCAAUGCAGCCAGAGUUGCAGCUGUAAAAGCUGUGCAAAAUAGGAUGCACCAUAACAAUAAUGAUAAAUGAUAAUAGCCAUUUCCUCAAUCUUGUGAUGAUAGAAAGCUUCAAUCAGUGUCAAUGUGUCAUCCUCCAUCAUAGGUUUGCAUACAGAACAUUAUUAGAUAUGAAAAAGCAAAGGAAGCAGAAGAAUUCAAGGAGGGAGAAUCAUAAACACGUGCAAAUAAUGAGAUCUUCUCUCAAACUUGAUAACUAAGUUGUGUACAUUUUCUUCCCCUUCCCAAUGGAGAGAUGUUUCCAUUUCUUGUAUUGUGGUACAGGUGUGAGGUGUGCCUGCUUGGAACCACUUUGGGUAAUUGAACUCAAUGCCAGAUUGUGGAGCAAGAAGGGUCCUCACUUUUUGGUGUGUAGUUUGUGUUAAGAAGAUGAAGAAAAAAAUAGAGUAUAGAGCUUCAGUGUGCAAGGCAAAAGUGCCAAAAAGAUGUAGAUUAGGACUUACAUGUUGGCCUAUUUCCAUGAACAUGUUAGUGUAUCUGUCCAUUUGGGUGCAUUUAAAAAGUUGCCCACCAACUAA